GGGGAUCAAUUAUUUUGCAAGAUACUCCAAUUAUUAAUGCCAAUUUCAUAUUAUCAGAUGACUCUGAAAUAUAUGAUCCUACUAUAAAUUCUUGGAAUGAGCUUCGGUCUCCUGUUGAUCAUCCACUUUUUUCACAAAGUGAAGUUCAAGGUUGUCUCGAUAUUGGUGACCCUGUGUAUACUUGUUUAUAUUGUGGUGCAUCGUUUUGGUUACUAGAGCGGGUUGAAAAACAGUCAAGAAUUAAUCAGCCUCUUUUUACACUUUGUUGUUUUCAAGGAAAAAUUCAAUUACCGUAUCUUCAGAAAGCUCCAGAUUUAUUAUAUAAUUUGAUUCAUGGUCAUGAUAGUAAGUCUUUACAGUUUCAGAAGAAAAUUCGGUAUUAUAAUAGUAUGUUUGCUUUCACUUCUCUUGGUGGUAAAGUAAUAGACUCAGUGAAUGAUGGAACUGGCCCACCACAAUUCAUCAUAAGUGGUCAAAAUUAUCAUAGGAUUGGAAGUUUAUUACCUCAGGCUGGUCAAGUUCCGAAAUUUGCCCAAUUAUACAUAUAUGACACAAAACAUGAGUUAACGCAUAGAGAAGGAAUAUUUGGAUAA